UUGCUGCUGUUGCUGCAGCUGCCGUUGUUGAUAUCGUUGCUGCCAAAUUGUUUGAUACAGCUUCUCCCUUUGUUGUUGUUCUUGUAUCUUCUGAUUGUACUGGCAUUUCCAUUCCAUUUGGCGUAUUUGGUGCGCUUCUAUCUGUCGGACGUCUUCAGCCAAUAUUUCAGUUAACUUGAAGAUUUCAGUUCAGUCCAAGUUGGCAUUUUCGCCGGUACAGUUUGAAUAGCUCGCGCGCAUACGCUGCCCAAAAACGUUUUGACUCGUGCGUUGGUUAUUAAAAAUGGUUUAGGUGUGCCUGACCGAUUUAUGUAACCAAUUUACGAAAAAAAAACUAUACGAAUUUUUAUCUUCACAAAAUAGCGAGGCAAAUACUUCCAUCUUGAAUGACUAAACUUGUGUGUGUGUGAACGUUGCAUCAAUUGCUUCUAUAAAAAUUGAAAAACAAAACACCGAAAAGGAAAGUUAAGGAUCCAGCGAUUAAUCAGCGUGUGGCCAAUUAGAGUGGAGUAGCGCAGUGAUAGAGCAGAAAUGAGGAAACCCAAAAUGUUUGCUUUACCGUUUUGGCUGCUGUCAAUGGCGUUGGUAUGCGCCUGCAAUGCGCAGGGUGCCUUCGAAGAUGCUGAAACAUCGAAUGAUUAUAUGAGCGGCAAUACACAACAACAAUUCGAUCUGCGUCACACAAUACCAGGCGAGCCUGAAGUCGAUUAUCCCAUCUACAGCGAGGUGCCAAGUACGAGUUUUGAGUGCACAGGAAAGCAUGAAGGAUACUACGCAGACAUGGAGACCCGCUGUCAAGUGUUCCGCAUUUGUACUCACACCGCACGCAGUAUACAUGGCUUCGGCUUCUUAUGUCCCAACGGCACACUGUUCAGUCAGAAAAAUUUCGUUUGCGACUGGUAUCGAAACGUCAAUUGCGAUGAAUCCGAACAAUACUUUAGCAAAAAUAGUGCGAACCGAAUCGGCAGCAGUUCUGAUAUGUUGGAGAGGGUACGUCAAAUGAUGGAAUAUCCCAUGAAAACGAUAUCACAAGCACUUCAACAACGGCCAGUCGUGCUACAAACAUCGCAUCAUACGCUCAAGAAACAACUAGAGUUGGCGGAGAGUGGACUGGAUGUUAGCGAGAGUGAUGCAGUGCAGGAAUCUAGACGCGAUAGCAGUCAAGGCGCAUAUUUAGCGCGCAAGCAGCCAGUUACACGCGCGCCUGUCGAGUCUGUCGAGUCUGUCUCACAGAACUACAACGAAAAACAGCAAACACAGUUGGGGGAUGUUGUAACUCAACAACGUAAAAGAUUGCAGCAGCAACGGCAACAGCAACGCAACGAAACAAAGAGUCAAAACAGCAAUAGUGCUGAGCUGGUACGCAGCAAGACGCAAGCGAAGCAGAUAACGCAGGUGACUCAAGUGAAGAGCGCCUCAAAGCCGGAAGGCGAUGAUGUGUACGUGAAUAGUUUGGGUGAAUUGUCCUCUGAUCCGGGUGUGAGUUUCAUGCAUGACACAGCACAUAUCAUAGCGGAGGCACCGAGUGACGCCAAGAGUUAUCAAAAGCAGCAGAAUUUUGCCGAAAAAGUAAAUGUUGCUUUAAAUGAUCUCACCGAAUUGCCCGCAGAUGAAGUUAUUGCACCGGACUAUGUUAAGAGCUUGCGGCAACCCAACGAAGAUCUCGUUUUGGCAGCCAACAUAAAUAACUUGCUUGAGGAAGUCGCUGAUGAUUUGGAUCCUAGCAUUUCUGGUUAUCAAGUGCCAGCGCCGUCGAAGAACAAAAGCUCGUUCAGGUUUCUAAGUCGCGGUUUCUCGUCGCAAAGUGACCGUGCUAAACGACCACCAUAUGAGUAUGCGAAGCCGAAACAGACGGCAAGUACGAUACGAUUUACGAAUUUCCGCAGUCAACAACAAUCUAGUGGACUUUCCACCGCAGUCGCCUACCAGACCGCACCGAGCGCCGCUAUGUCGCGCUCACUUUCGGUGGACAGUGAUGCGCGUGCCAUUGGUAACUCGGUAACGCAGAGUUAUAAUAAGCUACCGCCGCAAGCUCCCGCCCAGCUAACGCCACCGCAGCGUACACAACAAUUGUCACAGAUAAAAAACGCGCAUGUGCCCACUUCGCCAACGCCGCGCAUUGUAAUCGCGCGCGCGGAAGGUCAACGCAUCGCACCGAAUUCAGUGUCUUCUAUUAUUUCGUCGCUGGUGAUGCAGCCGACAAUCAAGCCAACAACGAAUACGGCUUAUGUGGCGCUUGAUGAUUUCCUCACGAAGAAAUUCGGACAAACCACUACGAGUUAUACGAAAACGAAUACAGCAACAAAACUAACAACAAGCGAGCGCAAUCGGCACCAAAUAGUGCAGCCACCGCAGCAACAAUACAACCAAAAAUUGCAAUCCAACUUCCAAGCUGUCGCAGCGACGGCAACAACGAAUCCUGCACAAUCACAGAUACAACAACAACAAAAGUUACCAGCACAAAAACAGCAAUUUAGUCAGCACUUUAGUCAGCAAUUUCAGCAAACUCAGCAGCAACAAAAACAACUGCAACAGUUAGCGCAGCAGCAACAACUAGAACAAUUACAACAAUUGCAGCAACAGCAACAGCAGCAGCAGUAUGCGCAACAGCAGUUGAAGGAACAGCAAUAUUUCCAACAGUUCACGAUAAAUGCGCGACCACAAGUGCAACAGCAGCAACAACAACAAGCGCCUAAGUCGAUACAGCAACAAUUUGGUGGAAAUUCAAUUUAUGCAGCGCCACAGCAGCAACAACAGCUGGCGUUGCAGCAGCAAAAAUCGACAUCGUGGCAUUAUCAACAACAACAGCAGCAAGUGUCGCAGCACAAGCAAAGUCAGCAAUAUGCACAAGAAAAACAAACACAAUCACAACAACAAUAUCAGCCCCAAAAGUCGACAUCCACGCAAUUCUAUUAUCCUCAACAACAGCAGCAACAACAAACAUCACCAUUUACAAGCAACUUCUUCAGCAUCUUCAAUCAGCGGCAACAACCACAACUGCCACAAUUCCCUCCACUUGGCAAUACAGCUGCUAGCGCCACUUUUGAGAGUCCAACUCCAGCACAACAACAAUUUCCCAGCGCCAUUCUCAGCAAUAGUAUUGUGCCACCCGAACACGAUAAACAUGUGAAUAUUCAAUUGCCCGCGCUCACCGUCGGUCUCAUACCGGCGCCGACCGCACUAACGCUAACCGCUCAACGACGCAUGGAUGUGGGCGCGGCUGCGGAUGUUGAUAGCUCUAGCGCGUCUAAAGAAGCGCUCGGCGACGACGGUGGUGCCUACACCGGCGUCAGUUCUUACGAUGUGCCACUGAGCAGCAUUGGCCGUCUGCCGAACGAUAUAACAAAUCUGCUGAGACGAUUGCGCAAAGUCAAAUGA